CCCCCGGGAGCUCGUACGUGGUUUGUCCCGUCUGCUCCCCCUCCCCUCUCAUUGUGCCGCAUUUGGUUUGGUCCGACUGGCGGGUGGGGCGGGAGCCUGCGGUGAUUGACACGUCUGGCGCGCCUCGCCCCGCCCCUCCCGCGCGCUGUGAUUGGCCCCGUGCGGGUUCCGGUUCCGCUCGGGCCAUGGCGGCGACGCGCGCGCUGUGAGGGCUAUGGCGGCCCCUCACGCAGAGAAGCUGGAGGGAGCGGUCCCGGCCCCGCCGGCCCCGCCGGGGCCCCCGCACCCCGCGGGCAGCGCUGCCGCCGGCGGGCCCGGCCGGAAGCAGGGCAAGGCAGGUGAGCGCGGGGGGACCGGGGUCGGGGUUGGGGUGGGUGGAGGUCUCCGCGGCUCCGCUGACGCGGCCUCGCUUGUCCCCGCAGGGCUGCAGAUGAAGAGCCCCGAGAAGAAGCGGCGCAAAUCGAACACGCAGGGCCCUGCCUACUCGCACCUCUCGGAGUUCGCCCCGCCGCCCACCCCCAUGGUGGAUCACCUGGUGGCUUCCAACCCCUUCGAGGAUGAUUUCGGGGCCCCCAAGGUGGGCGCGGCGCCCGCCCCCUUCCUGGGCAGCCCGGUCCCGUUCGGCGGUUUCCGCAUGCAGGGGGGAAUGUCGCCGCAGGUGCCCCCUGGUUACGGCGGUGGUCCCCAGUCCCUGCGGAGGCAGCCGCCGCCGUUCGCCCCCGGGCAGAUGGGCCCGGCCUUUAGCAUGCCCCCCCAGAAUCCAAACUACGUGCAGCCGGGGGGCUUGAGCUUCGCCGGGCAGCCCUUCAGCCAGCCCCUCGGACAGAACUUCAGCCCCCCUAUGGGGCAGCUCAUGCAGGGGCCCGUUGGGGGCUUCGGGCCCAUGAUGUCCCCCACUAUGGGGCAGCCCCCGCGGGGGGAAAUGGGACCGGGGCCAGCCCUCAACCCCCCCGGGGGGCCAGCGGUGCCUCAGCGCUUCAGCCAGCCCAGCAACCUCUUUGGACAGUCGCCCAUGCAGCGCCCCGGGCAGAACAUGCCCCCGCUGCCCCCUACAGCCAGUCCCUUCCCUGGGGCGGAUCCCGGCUUCCCCGCUAGCAGCGAGGAGGGGGGCAAGAACCCUCCCCCCAGCACCUUCGCCCAGGAGCAGCACUCGGGCUCGCCCGCCACCGUCAACGGGGCCCAGCCCGGCUUCGCCCCCAACAGCGGCGGCCGCGGCGCCGGCACCCCCGAGAGCAACAGCCUCCCCCUGCCGGCCCCCGGCAAGGCCGGCAGCGCCUCGGGCCACCAGCCGCCCCCGGGGCUCGUCUACCCCUGCGGGGCCUGCCGCAACGAGGUGAACGACGACCAGGACGCCAUCCUGUGCGAGGCCUCCUGCCAGAAGUGGUUCCACCGGGAGUGCACGGGCAUGACCGAGAACGCCUACGGGCUGCUCACCACUGAGGCCUCCGCCGUCUGGGCCUGCGACUUCUGCCUCAAGACGAAGGAGAUCCAGUCGGUCUACAUCCGGGAGGGCAUGGGACAGCUGGUGACCGCCAACGACGGCUGAGCCACCCUUCAGCCGCCAUGUACAGCUUUCCCCACACUGAUUUAGGACCAAACACCCGUUUUUUGUAGCUGUCACCCCCCCCUGCCAGCCAGAGAGCCACUGCUAUGCACUGGCUGUGGCUGCUCACCGGGCACUGCCUGGCACCGGGACCUUCCAGGGGACCGGGGACGCUGCUGGCCGUGCCGGUGUCAGCCCUUUGGUCCCGGUGUACCGGCUCACUGAGGGCUGGGGCUUCCUGGUGCUUUACAGUGCUGCCCCCAUUUGGGUCAUUACCCUUGCAGGGGGCACCUCCCGGGCUGUGCAGCCCUCCUGGUGUGUCCCGUUUCACAUUCACGGGGCAGAGUCCCGGUACCCCCUGCUCCGGUGGUCGGGAUGCUCCCAGUACCCGCUCCCCCACCCCAGGUCCGUCCGUUUUAACCAACCGUUAAUGGAAAUUUUUGUACCGUCGUUAUAAAACUCUGAAACGCG